CAGAGCAAAACACCUGACCCUCUGCUCCUGACGAGCUGGCUGUCGCCCUGCAUGGUGGACACCGCCGUGAAAGGUGGAAUGUGUGCAUGAAUGGGUGAACCUGAGGCAGUUUGUAAGGCGCGUGGAGUGGCCACUGGUUGGAGCAGCGCUGUAUAAACGCAGUCCAUUUAGUCAAUUUACCAGAAGAGAGAAAGCGAGGCAGAGUUGGUAUGAGAGAGGUGAGCGCUAUUCGCAGAGCUCCGUUUUUUUCACCCCAGAGCUCCUCCUCCUCCACCUCCUCCUGCACUGGAGUCAGAGAGGGGUAGGACUGUCACAGGGCUCCUCCUCCUCUUCCUCCUCCUCCUCGCCCUCCUCCUCCUCCUCCUCCUCCACCUCCUCCAGCGGAGUCAGAGAGGACGGUAGGACUGUCACAUUUGCUGCUGCUGGUGCUGCUCAAUGACAGCAAGACGAGGGCGCAGGAGCAGAUCCCUCGUGUUUCGACCGGUUUUCUCGCUUCCCCUAAAGAUCAGGAUAAUAUGAAGACACCAUUCGGAAGGCCUGACCCCGGGAAGAACCCACAAUCCUUCCGACUGAUUUGAAGCAGAGACCGACGCCAUGCACUGGCGUGAAACUCUCCGAUAAACCAAAAAGACCUUCCCUGCUCCCCCCCCCCCCCUACUCCCUUGUCCCACCUCCUCACCCCUCUCCCCCCUCUCGCUCUCCUCUCUCUCUCUCUCUCUCUCUCCGCUCGGCUCUUCCCAGAGCGUGGGAAACGGAAUACCGCACCACCACCACCACCACCACCAGCACCACCACCACCACCACCACCACCACCAGCACCACCACCACCACGGCGACAUGGCUUCGGACCAAGUGUGCGUGGACUCCCUGGAGGGCCGCGCCCCGCCCGGCGCUGCCGCCAUCGCCACCUACAAGGGCCGCCAGAAGCUGCGCAGGAAGCUGAGGCCCGUGCGGAUCCUGGUGUUCGUGGUGGGCCUGGUCGCCAUCAGCGCCGUCUCCUUCUCCUACAGUGCCUUGAGGUGGACGUCGGCGGCGGGGGGCCCCGGGGCCCUGGCGGCCGGGCCCCUGGAGGCGGCGGGGGGCCCCCCCCACCGGACGCUGCUGUCCACCCAGCUGCAGCGGGACCUCAACGUGUCGGGCGACAGCGCGGUGGCCAUGAAGUCGGCGGCGGACGGGAACCACAGCCAGGGCGAGUACCCCACGGACCUGUUCACGCUGGAGGAGAGGCGGCAGGGGGCCGUCGUGCUGCACGUCUUCGGCAUGCUCUACAUGUUCAUCGCCCUGGCCAUCGUGUGCGACGAGUUCUUCGUGCCGGCGCUCACCGUCAUCACGGAGAAGUUGUCCAUCUCGGACGACGUGGCGGGCGCCACCUUCAUGGCGGCGGGCGGCUCGGCGCCGGAGCUGUUCACGUCCAUCAUCGGCGUGUUCAUCUCGCACAGCAACGUGGGCAUCGGCACCAUCGUGGGCUCGGCCGUCUUCAACAUCCUGUUCGUCAUCGGCAUGUGCGCCAUCUUCUCCAAGGAGAUCCUGAACCUGACGUGGUGGCCGCUGUUCCGCGACGUGUCCUUCUACAUCGUGGACCUCAUCAUGCUCAUCGUCUUCUUCCUGGACAACCUGAUCACCAUGUAUGAGAGCAUGGCACUGCUCUCGGGCUACGCCUGCUACGUCAUCUUCAUGAAGUGCAACAGCUCGGUCGAGGGCUUCGUCAAGGGCUGCAUGAGCAAGAACCAGGUGGUGGAAGUGGAGGUGCAGCCAAAGUUGGAGGAGAAGGUGAGCCCCACGGCCCCACCGGACGAUGACGGGAAGCUGUCGGCCAGGCCCCGGCUCCAGAGAGGUGGAAGCUCCGCCUCCCUGCAUAACAGCCUGAUGAGGAACAGCAUCUUCCAGCUGAUGAUUCACACCCUGGACCCUCUCAGCGAAGAAUUUGCUGACUCUGAGCUUGGGACAUAUGGGAAACUUAAAUAUUAUCACACAAUGACCGAGGAAGGUAAAUUCCGGGAGAAAGCGUCCAUCCUGCACAAGAUCGCCAAGAAGAAGUGUCAAGUGGAGGACAGCGAGAAGGCCAACGGCGUUGCCAGUCGCUCCGACCGGAACCUUCCCAACAGCUCCAACAUGGAGGUGGAGGUGACACCGCCCAUGAACGGGACCGCCGGCCAAGAAGGAGAAGCGGCUGAAGACGAAGAGGAGGAGGACCAGCCUCUGAGCCUGUCCUGGCCCGAGACCUACCGCAAGCGCUUCACCUACAUGGUCGUCAUGCCGAUCGUUCUCCCCCUUUGGCUCACACUUCCCGACGUCAGGAAGAACUCGGCCAAGAAGUUCUUCCCCAUCUCCUUCAUCGGCUCCAUUGUGUGGAUCGCAGCCUUCUCCUACCUGAUGGUGUGGUGGGCCCACCAGGUGGGCGAGACCAUGGGCAUCACAGAGGAGAUCAUGGGGCUGACCAUCCUGGCGGCGGGGACCUCCAUCCCCGACCUCAUCACCAGCGUCAUCGUGGCCCGCAAGGGGCUGGGCGACAUGGCCGUGUCCAGCUCCGUGGGCUCCAACAUAUUCGACAUUACCAUCGGGCUGCCCUUCCCGUGGCUGAUGUGGUCCUUCAUCAACGGGCUGCAGCCGGUGAAGGUGAGCUCCAACGGGCUCUUCUGCGCCAUCGUCCUCCUCUUCCUCAUGCUCAUCUUCGUCAUCAUCUCCAUCGCCGCGUGCAAGUGGCGCAUGAGCAAGCUGCUGGGCUUCAUCAUGUUCCUGCUCUACUUCGCCUUCCUGGUGGUCAGCGUCAUGCUGGAGAAGAAGAUCAUCGCCUGCCCCAUCUCCAUCUGAGCGCCC